AUGGGUCAAGAAAUCGGAAAAGAGUAUGGCACCACUGGAGAUACUGAUGAUGAUAAUGAAGAGGGAGGAAACAUGGUGGCCGUAAAGUUAACAAACUCUUGUAAAGGUAAAAUUAGAGAUGAUACGUCAGGGAUCGGAGCGGGAACAUGGUUGGUGGUAGCAUCAGGAGAAGGUGCAAAGGAAGCAACAACGGAAGAAGCCUUAGCUAGGACUG